AUCGUACGGCUUAUUGUCUUGAUUAUCUUCAGCUGAGAGAAUUUAAAUGAUCCACAUUUCUUUUAUCAACUUUCUUUUCCGGUGAAAAAAUGUACGAUCUACAUGGAUCUUCACCAAUUUCCGGAUAAAUGCUGUAUGGAAGUACGAGCCGAUGUGGAAGUGACUGUGAAAUGUGAAAUAAUGGAUACUGUUGUUGCGAGAACAAAGAUUCCUCCCACUUGCUUCAACUUCCGCUUCUCCAUCCAUUUCUGAAUGAUUGCUUUUCCCAGAGAUCCUCAAAUCCUGGAGCUUGUUUGUAUUUCCUCUUUUUUUCUUGCCACUGGUGUUCUUGAUCUUUCCUUUUCCCUGGUCUUCUAUGCUUGGAUUGUAGAGAACGAAAGAUAAAUGGAGUUUUAGGGAUUGAUUUUCAGUUUCCCUUUGAUUUUGGAUGCCAGAGAGGGGUUUUCCGCUUGUUUUCUUUGCUGAUAUUGCAGGGCUUACUUUUGAUUGAUUUAAUCAACCCAAUAAUGGAUUUGCUGUUCUUGUGAUGGGAAAUUGUUGACUGGGUUUUCUUAUUGUUAAAACCCAGAUGAUUUUGAGGCUUGACAAUGUCUUUCCAGAUUUUAAGUAGUCAAUCUUGUAUAUCUGCUUGUGUAAAUACACGUAGAUUUCAGUUUCAAUGGAGGAUGAAUCCUGUUCAGGCUGUACCACCAUCAUCCACUCUUUUGCACACUGAUGAAAGUGAACAUUUUCCAGAAUCUAAAAGGGGUUCUGGGUUCAACUCAGUAUCAAAAACGAGCAAAGAUUCAACUGGUAUUUUGAUCAGUCAAGCAAAUACAGUGGGCAUAUUAGGAGGGUCUUCUGUGAAUGCUACUGUAAACUUCUUGGGAAAAUUAGUUAAAUGGAGUACAAAAGAUGGAGAUUCUGGUCUUCCUUUUGUUCUUUGCUCUGACCCGACUCUUAGUAAUGAGCUCCAAGUGUUUGAUAGAAGUUCUCACCCAGUUCUCAACUUCAAGAGUGGGGAUGUAGGCUUGGACUCUGGACUGGUAGUGGAGAGUUUGAAGGGUAAGAGGGCUUUUCUCGAGAAGUCGGGUGCUCGUUGCAUUGUUAUGCCUUGUCAUAUCUCGCAUUUAUGGUAUGAAGAUGUUUCAAAAGGGUGUCCUGUUACUUUCCUUCACAUGGCUGAUUGUGUUGCUAGAGAGCUCAAGGAAGCUAAGUUGAAGCCACUUGAAGCUGGGAGUCCCUUAAGUAUCGGAGUUCUUGCGACCAAUGCAAUUUUAAGUGCAGGAUAUUAUCAGGACAAACUGCAGAAUGAAGGAUUUGAGGUGGUGCUUCCAGACAAAGCAACUAUGGAACAUACUGUAAUUCCUGCCAUUGAGGCUUUAAACAGAAAUGACAUAGAAGGGGCAAGGAAUUUACUACGAAUUGCACUUCAAGUUCUUCUGGUGAGGGCUGUCAACUCUGUCAUCCUUGCCUCUGAUGAUAUGCGGGAUCUUUUGCCCCGGGAUGAUCCCCUUCUUAAAAAAUGCAUCGACCCGAUGGAUGCAUUAGCAAGGUCCACUAUCAAUUGGGCACAGUCUGCUGAAUAAGGUUGAGUACAUUCAAUUUGCUCCCUAAUCUCGCACUCGACUCUGCUAGAUGUGUCGUAAUCUCGCUUUCAGGAGGGCCUAGCACUCAAGGAGAAUUUGGAAGACUUCGUCAAAAUGACUACGGAAUUCAUCAUAUACUUGAAUUUAGAACCUCCUAUUUUGAUAUCAUGUCAAAUCACACCAAUAGAUUAAAAAGUUCAGGUUAAUAGAUUGGGUUAAAUACUCAAAUUAGCCUCAACACUUGUAUUCAAAGUUUAUUUAAUAGUAUAUCUAAGGUAAAAGUUGAUAUCAUUCAUUUUA